CAAUCAUUCUCGUGUUUCCCGUGAGACAUGGUCCCGGAGUCCUUGGUGGAGGUGCCUGGCUGUAAUUGCUUCUGGUACUUGGGUGUGCUAGCUGCCGCCUGGUGGGGGCUGAGGGCUGCAUGCUGCUUGCUGAACGGUGCCCGGGCCUGGGUGCUGGGGAGUGGAGCGCAGGUGGGCCCCAGGAUCGGGAAAUGGGCAGUUAUUACUGGUGCCACCGACGGAAUCGGAAAAGCCUAUGCCGAAGAGCUUGCAAGGCGGGGAAUGAGCAUCGUUCUGAUCAGCCGAUCUCCAGAGAAACUAGAUGAAGCUGCCAAACACAUAAAAGAGACAUUCAAGGUGGAGACGAAGAUCAUUGCGGCCGAUUUUGGAAAACCCACGGAAAUCUACGAGCGGAUUGAAGCAGGUCUGCGAGAUCUGGAGAUUGGCGUCCUGGUUAACAACGUUGGCGUUUCUUAUGAAUACCCAGAGUAUUUCCUUGAAAUCCCAGACCUGGAAAAUACCCUGGACAAAAUGAUCAACAUUAACAUCAUGUCUGUGUGUCAGAUGACGCGCUUGGUGCUGCCUGGAAUGCUGGGAAGAGGUAAAGGAGUCAUACUGAACAUCUCCUCAGCCAGCGGCAUGUACCCCGUCCCUUUACUCACAGUCUAUUCUGCCACCAAGGCUUUUGUGGAUUUCUUCUCCCGGGGGCUCCAUGCAGAAUACAGAAACAAGGGUAUCACCGUGCAGAGCGUUCUUCCAUUCUACGUUGCCACCAAACUGGCCAAGAUCCGCAAGCCGACCUGGGACAAGCCAAGCCCUGAGACCUACGUCAGAUCAGCUGUGAAUACUGUUGGCUUACAGACUCAGACCAACGGCUACUUGCCCCACGCCAUCAUGGGCUGGAUUAGCACCUCUCUCGUGCCGGUCUCUGUUGCAAUCAGUAUGGGCAUGAAGAUGAACAAGGGUCUCCGCUCUCGCUUCCUGAAGAGGAAGAAACAAAAGUAGGAGGAGCUGCUGCCGGAGAAGCCGACGCCCCACAUGGCAACCGGAACAUUCAGCCCAGAGACUGCGCUGCCUAAACAACCAAAGGAACCCACUUAGUUUGCCUUUAUCUCUUAACAGGAAUGUGCCCCAAGUGUGGCAGCUCCACUUUAACUAGUUUACUAAACUACCUAUGCAGCCUGCACAGCUAACUAGUCCGUAUAAGUAGACUGCAGGACAGGACUGAUCAUGUGAUCUGCACUAUCGCCCUCUGUCUUUCUGCUCCCUAGCAACAGAUUCAGCCCUGUGGGCGGUCUUUCUGCUCCCUAGCAACAGAUUCAGCCCUGAGGGCAGUCUUUCUGCUCCCUAGCAACAGAUUCAGCCCUGAGGGCGGUUUUUGUUCCCUAGCAACCAAUUCAGCCCUGAGGGUGGUCUUUCUGCUCCUUAGCAAUGGAUUCAGCCCUGAUUAGUAAUAAAUCAAUAACAAAA